AUGGUCUUACCUUCCGUUGCGGCUGUUUAUGUAGGAUUAAUGAUCGCAGCAAUCGAUUCUACCCUUGUAGUUUCUUUGAUCGGUCCGAUUUCUUCUUCUUUUGGCGCUUCAGAUCGUGCAUUUUGGAUUAGUACUUCUUACAUGCUUUCCUUAGGGGCUUGUUCGCCAAUUUAUGGUCGUUUGAGCGAUAUCUUUGGGAGGAAGAGUUGUUUGCUAUGGGCAACGAUCAUCUUUGGUUUAGGCACAGGUUUGUGCACGAUGAGUCCUACGAUGGAAUUUUUGAUUCUCGGAAGAGCCGUUCAGGGAAUCGGCGCCGCUGGUCUUCAACCCGCUUCGGCAAUUGUGACAAAUGACUUGAUCCCACUACGGAGAAGAGGAAUGUAUCAUGCUUUCGGUCAACUUGUGUACAGCUUUGGCUUUGCUAUUGGUGGACCUGUAGGCGGAUUUUUGAACGAUUGGCUAGGAUGGCGAGCAGCAUUUACGAUGCAAAUACCGCCGAUCUUGUUGGCAUUCUUUAUGAUCUUGUUCUUCUUGAAGUUACCUAAUUUGCCAAUUACGCGAGAGCAACAUGCGAAAGAAGUCGAAAUGAAAGGCAAGCCGCUGUAUACAGUCAUUUGGACAAGAUGUGAUCCUUUAGGCACAACUGUGAUGGUGGCUGCUGUGGUGACUAUGUUGCUCACGUUUUCGCUCGUGUCAGUUUACGAUCUCGCAUGGUCCGACGUGAAAGUGUGGGGCUUGUUGCUAAUCGCAGCAGUUUUGUUUGCAUUCUUUGUUCUGAUCGAAGCAAGAUGGACACGCGAACCAAUCAUGCCAAUGCGUUUCAUGACGCAAUGGAGUUAUACAAGCAUCUUUUUGUCAUACUUUAUCAUCAGUACGACGCAAGCUAUGCUUUUCUAUUUGCCAUUCUACCUCAUCGUUGUAAUGGAAGAAUCGACGAGUGAAAUCGGUUUGCGAUUUUUGCCAAUCAGUGUUGCAACGCUCUCUUCGGCAUUCACAGUAGGAAGUUUGCUAAGAAGGACAGGACAAUAUCGCACAAUGGCAAUCGUUAUGACAAUACUGUCAGCUCUGUCACCGGCUUGGAUGGCCACUUGGACAGCCAAAAAUAGACCUUCAGAUGCUUCCCAAUUCUUAGCAGUUGUACCGGCUGGAAUAGGUGGUUCAGGUUUGAACACCAUUUUGAUGGUCGCUCUCUUUGCCGUUGCGGGUCAACAAGAUUCCGCUGGUGCUGUAGGAUUGGUGUAUUUGAUUCGUACAUCGGGAGUCAUUGUGGGUAUUUCGGCAUUAGGUUCGAUCAUUCAAAAGAUUCUAAUCGUUGAAUUGAAUAAACGUAUUCAUGGAAAACAUGCAGAUCAAAUUAUCAAUUUGAUUCGCAAAAAUUUGAAUGCAAUCGCAACUUUGCCAAGCAAACAACGUCAAGCAGCAAAAGAAUCUUAUGGAAUCGCAUUGCAAUCGUUUCAAAUUAUCAUUGUAGGGUUGUCGUUAUUGAAUCUUGUCAUUGUCUUUUUCAUCAAAGAACGUCCGCUUAGUGGAAGAAUGGAACCGCAAAGGCCUACAAAUGAUGAAGAGCAGGAAGCACAGUCAUAA